CUCGGCAUAAACCAAACAGCCCUACGUGUCGAUGAACGAAACCAGAUUCCUUGCAUUUUCCGCCGCGUCGUGGCGCGGGCGAGUGAAGUGGCAGACUCAACUGGCUCCGUCAGUCGUCGCCGUGCUCUCGCCUAUAUAACCGGACCAGACACUGCAGGCGAGAGCAGCACCCGCCACAUAAUCCACUCUUCUCUCCUUUGCUCUUGUGCACGAGAGAAAACUGAGCGGAAGAAAGGAAAAAAACAGAGAGGAAAAGGGCAUGGCGCCCAAGAGGGAGCUGGCCUUGGCCAGCGCCCAGGGCUCGGCGAAGCGCCUGCGCGUGGGGGUCCCUCGAGCUGCCUCCGCCGGCGGCAGCGAGCCAGCGUCGCCGGGAAAGCGGCUGCUGCGGCAGACAGUGUUCGUCGUGCUCUUUCUUGUGCGAACGAGCGAAAAGAUGACGGUGACAGAAAGUAUGUCGCAGAUUGGUCGCAUGGUUCAGAAACUUCACAAGGUUCAGAUUCUUAUCAUGAGCAAAUUGGAAAGUUUACAGCAGCAGAUGGAGGAUAUAAGCCAUGAAGUGAAGAAAUUGGCUUGUUUGCGUUCCGACCAACAUGCUGAUCAACACCCAAGAUCAGAGUCAUAUCAGGAGAGUGCCAUUCCGUGUGAACCAAACACCAACAUUCGCCUGUGUUUCCUGGAUGGCCUGAAGACUCCAGUUUACACAGAUAAGAACAUAACAUCUGAGAGCAAUGCGGCUAUCAGGAUUGGCAUCUUUAAUGGUGAUAACAUGGUCAAGGAAGGGCCGCUUUCGAAACUGAAAAUUGAGAUCCUGGUUCUCCGUGGCGACUUCUGCAACGAUUGCCGGGGAAACUGGACCGGAGAGGAGUUCAAUAGCCAAAUCGUGCAAGGUCGGGACGGACACGGGUUUGUGUUAGGGGGCGAUUGCAGUGUAUGGCUGAACAAUGGAGAGGCCUCCUUCGGCAGGAUUCGUUUCAAAGAAGGAUCAUCCAGGACUCGCAGUAGGAAGUUCGUCGUGGGAGCAAGAGUUUGUACGAGUGAAAAGACUGGUGUUCGAGUCCAAGAAGCUGUCAUGAAGCCAGUCACGGUGCUGGAUCGCAGGAAUGAAGCAAACGAGAAGAGGUACCCUCCAAAACCGAAUGAUGAAGUGUAUCGUCUAGAAGAAAUCGCCAACGAUGGAACUUACCACAACAGGCUUAAAAAUGCUAAAAUCUACACAGUGGAAGACUUCUUGAAGGCUUUGAAUAAGGACGCAGAUGACCUCCGUGCAAGGAUUCUUCUGAUAAAGAAGGUGAACAACUCUUGGGAAAAAAUGGUUAAGCAUGCUAAGGGAUGCUGUCUCACAAACAUACAUGAUAGGAUCAAUGGCAGUCUUCGUCAACAAGUUCCAUUUGACUAUGCGAUGAAUGACAAUCUUCCUGAACAAGGUCUUUCUAGCACACAUUCUUCUCCGGAUGCAGUCAGUCUUGAGCCGGAUGAGGCACUUCAAGGAACCACAGCAAACGGAAACCAGUUUCAGGAUAGGAUCGACCAUGUCAAUGAACCAUCUCACCACCAUGAGUAUGUCCAAGAUGAUCAGAACACAGUUAAGCAAAAUUAUUACCAAGUAGGUCGAGCCUAUCCAGAAAAUGGCAAUCUUCCUGAACAAGUUCGGUUUAACUAUGUGAUGAAUGCCAAUCCUCCUGAACAAGCUCCCUCUAGCACACACUCCUCUCUGGAUGCGGUCAUGCUUAAGCCAGAUGAGGUACUUCAAGGAACCACAGCGGAUGAAAACCGGUUUCAAUAUGUCACUGAACCAUCUCACCCCAGUGAGCAUGUUCAUGGUGAUCAGAAUGCAGUUAACACACAUUAUUACCAAGGUGUUCCACCCCUUGGCCAGCAGCAACCUAAAAUAUUCAUGGCACCUUCACAGUUGGAUGGUGAACUUCUGUGGAUCUUAGAAGGAUCAGUUCAAGCGAACAUCCAUACGCAGAUGGAAGUUCCCAUGUCCAUGGAUAGCGGCAACGGCAUGGAGGCAUCAACCUUUGUUCAACACAAUCUUCUGCCGCAACAAUUUAUGCCUACUCAGUUCCAAGAAAACAUGCCUGUGAUCCAUAGCUCUGAGAAUCCACUUAACCAUGUCUCUGGACCAUCGAUAUGGCACAAUGAUCCUAUCACCGAACCGGAGCCUAGUGUUUAUCCAUAUCCUGGACUGGAUCAUGGAAACUUUUAGCAGGCAGGCAGAUUCUGCAAUGCAGUUUAGGUCAUGUAACAUCAUGGUUUUGUCAUUAUAACUUAGGUAUCAAGCAUUGUAGACCGUAUGUUUGGACACAAAGUGCUUUGCCCCCAUUCUUCAUAUUUGUUGUUCUAGACGUUGUACAAUGAUGUUGUGUAGGAUCUGAGGUUGUGCUGCAACUCGGGCAAAACAUUUUGUUGUCUGCGUGCAAUGUUUAAUUGAUGUUUAUAUGUUUCGGGA